CACCCGAUAGCAGCCUCAAGAAGAAGAAGAAGAAGAAGAAGAAGAAGAAGAAGAAGAAGAAAAGACCUAACAAAAACUGACAUGGCUGAGUGAGGUCAUGAGUUGGCCAACUCCGGAGAACACUAAACUUCUAAAAAUUGCAAAAUCGCAAUUACCAACCGGGAGAAAUCAAACAAAAGUAAGUAAAAAUCUUCUAUGGUUACCAAAUUAGUCACCUAAUAUGUCCAAACUUGGAGAAAUAACCAUCACCACGUUAUUAGCUUAUAAAUCCUUUCUCGCACUACCUUCUGCAACUACUUAAAUUUUGACACUCGGAAGCAAGCAGAGAAGAAGAAGAAGAAGAAGAUGACGGUGGGUGUAAGGAUAUGGGUGGGUUUGGCGGUGGCGUCCGCCAUGGGAGCCUUGGCUUCGGCUGCAUCAAUAGUCACUUACGUGUUUGGUGACUCAUUGACAGAAGUUGGAAACAAUAAUUACCUUCAGUAUUCUUUGGCUAGGUCAGACUAUCCAUGGUAUGGCGUUGAUUUUUCUGGUGGACAGGCUACUGGCAGAUUCACCAAUGGCAGGACUAUUGGUGACAUAAUAUCUGCAAAGCUUGGGAUUCCAUCACCACCACCAUAUUUAUCAGUGCCAAACAAUGUUGAUAAACUGCUCCAAGGUGUUAAUUAUGCUUCUGGUGGAGCAGGGAUUCUCAAUGAAACUGGACUAUAUUUUAUUCAAAGAUUAUCAUUUGAUGAUCAGAUAAACUAUUUUAAGAAGACUAAGGAGGCAAUUGAGGCCAAAAUCGGAGAAGAUGCUGCAAAUAAGCAUCUCAACGAAGCUCUCUAUUUCAUUGGAAUUGGCAGCAAUGACUAUGUCAACAAUUUCUUGCAGCCAUUUUUGGCCGAUGGCCAGCAGUACACACAUGAAGAAUUUGUGGAACUCUUAACAUCCACCUUAGACAACCAACUCAUGAGACUCUACGAACUUGGAGCUCGGAAAGUAUUGUUUCACGGGUUAGGACCAUUGGGUUGCAUUCCUUCUCAGAGGGUGAAAUCAAGGAAAGGUCAGUGUUUGACGCAAGUGAAUGAAUGGGUACGCCAAUUUAACUCCAAAGUGCAGACUAUCAUUGCCAAUCUGAACAAGAAACUUUCCGGUGCAAAUCUCAAAUUUGCAGAUUCCUAUCCAGCAGUCUUUGAUCUAAUCAACAAUCCCACAGCAUAUGGCUUCAAGAUUUCAAAUACAUCAUGCUGCAAUGUGGACACGAGCAUCGGGGGAUUGUGUUUGCCAAACUCGAAACUAUGCAGAGAUCGUAGGUAUUAUGUGUUUUGGGAUGCCUUCCACCCUUCUGAUGCAGCAAAUGAAGUGCUUGCCAACGAGCUAUUUGCCAGUUCGUUAUUCACUUCACUUGCUCCACCGCCAAAGCCCCAUUGAUUCAUUUCUACCUACAUUAUAUAUAGUUAUCAAUGUUUAUCUAUCAUGUAAGAAAGUUUCCCUGUAAGUUCGAACAAAACAUGCACACAAAGAGACUUUUUUCAAUUGUAGGUAAAUACAUGAAAACGAAAAAUGCAUUUAAUAAUAAAAAUCAUAAGCAUAAAGCAUGAGCAAUUAGUAAUUAGAAUACUAAGCAAUUUAUUGGUACAUAAAUCAAAUCCGCACCAGAAUCCUUUUCUUUGUUCGUACAGGGUAAAAAGCAAGAGAAGCGUAACAAUCAGUUAAUCAACAAGUUCCCUUAUAUAUUUUUAUCCAAAAAAAAAAAUUUCCCUUAUACAUUCAGAUCACCUUGUGAGUAUUAAUGUCAAUACCUCCCAGCUUCCCAUUACAGAGGUCUCAAAGCACUCUAAAAUUAUAACGGCCCCGAAAAUUCAAAAAGAAAUACAUAUAAUAAUUUGAGUGUGGAAGCGAAAUAAAAUAUUAAAAUUAACAUUUCUUAUACAAUAACUUAAAAGUACUAAACAAUAUCACAGAA